GACUCGCUCGCUUCCUUCUCCCGCUUCCCGGCGCCCGGUUCUGCUGGGCGGCGGUGCCCUCCUGAGGCCGCUCGGGAGUCGGCGGCGCUCCUGCAGCAGAAGCGGGAGAACGGGCCAAGACGAGCUGACUCUUUCUUCCCCCGCACCUCCUCCUCCUUACAGCGGCGCUGCCAAAAUGCCUCGCGAAGAGGAGCGCGCCUGCCUCGUGACGCCCCUCGCCAUAGCCGCUUGCCUCCUCUUGUCGCUCUUCACCCGGGCUUUGGCUUUAAAUAUUGCUGCUGAAGAAUUAAAGGAUCAGAGCAAGAUUCUGGUAUCUCAGACUUCAGAAAAAAAUGGAAACUCACAUAAAGUAAGCAAAGAACUAAAAGAAAUUGUGUUUGUCAUCCAAAGCCAAAGCAAUUCUUUCCAUUCAAAGAGAGCGGAUGCCCUAAAACAAAACAUUUUAAAACAGGCUGCAGUUCUUGGGAAGGAAAUCCCUACAGUUUUGCUUAUUCACCUGCUGGAUAGGCAUGAAGCUGCAUGGACCAUUCUGCCUCUAAUGCAUGACUUCUCUGCUUCAUACAGCAGAAAUACCUCAUGGUUUUUUUUCUGUGAAGAAGAUACAAGAAUAAAUAUUGUAAGGCUGAUGGAAGUACUUAGAAGAUACGACAAAUCUAAGGAACUUUUUCUAGGCAAAGCAUUACACGAUGAAGAAUCUACAAUUAUUCACCAUUAUGCUUUUGCUGAAAAUCCUACCAGUUUUAAAUUUCCAGAUUUUGCUGCUGGCUGGGUGCUCAGUAUGCCACUUGUAAAUAAGCUUGCAAAGAGGUUGAAAAAUGAACCUUUAAAGUCAGAUUUUACCAUAGAUUUGAAAUAUGAGAUUGCACUAUAUGUCUGGGAAAAAGGCAAUGGACCACAUCUCACCCCAGUGCCUGAGUUCUGCACAGAAGAUGUUGACUCUCCAAAGACUAGUCAUUGUGCCACUACAUUUGCUAAUUCCCUCCCAACAUGUGGUGAUCCAAUGAAGAAAACGGAUAUCUUUGUUGCUGUAAAAACUUGCAGAAAAUUCCAUGAAGAUAGAAUACCCAUUGUGAAACAGACCUGGGAAGCAGAGGCUGCUCUUAUAGAAUACUACAGUGAUUACACCGAAAGAUCGAUUCCUACUGUUGAUUUAGAAGUGCCAAAUACUGAAAGAGGUCAUUGUGGAAAAACAUUUGCCAUUUUGAAAAGAUUUUUAAACCAUCAUCCUUCUACAGCACCUUGGUUAGUCAUUGUGGAUGAUGACACUUUGAUAAGUAUCUCUAGGCUCCGGAAACUUCUCAGCUGCUAUAACCCCAGUGAACCAGUGAUUCUUGGAGAACGUUAUGGCUAUGGAUUAGGAUCAGGAGGCUACAGUUACAUCACUGGAGGAGGAGGGAUGGUCUUCAGCAGAGAAGCAAUCCAAAGAUUAUUUGCUAGUAAAUGCCGAUGUUAUAGCAAUGAUGCCCCAGAUGACAUGGUAAUUGGAAUGUGUUUCAGUGGCUUAGGAAUUCCAGUAACACACAGCCCUCUCUUCCAUCAGGCUCGGCCAGUGGAUUAUCCAAAGGAUUAUCUCUCCCAUCAAGUUCCGAUUUCCUUUCAUAAACACUGGAACAUUGAUCCAGUGGAUGUGUACUUUAGGUGGCUAGCACCAAAACUGGAAGAUUUCCAAGAACGACAUAUACGUGUCAAGGAGGAUUUAUAAUAUGUAAAAACAUUCAUAUUUAAAUAUUGCUGUAGGCUUAUAUUGGAGCUACUGAAUUUGCUGUUGUAUUUAUACUUGUCACCCAUAUUGUAUACAGUGCUAAAGGCAUGCUCCAUUUCUACUGUGACUAUAUUACCUGUGUGUGGAAGAGUCUUACAGGAUGUAACAGAGCCCUGUUUUCUUCCUUCCAAAACACAACUUAUACUACUUAUGGAUAAGGAUUUUGGAGGUAUAUACAAAGCUCACAUUCUCCAUAAUGCCCCAUGAUGCUGACAGUAUACAUGAGCCAGUUGGGGGAGAGACAGUACUCUGUUGAGUCUUUUGGGAGUUGUUCAUGUAUAGAGAGAGUGCAGUGGAACAAGUUCAUGCCUUAAAUAUCCCUCUCUCAGAUGAUAUAUAUUCAACCAUGUAUAUACAUUUAUUAAGUGGAUUUAAAUACAUAUCUUCUGGAAUUCAGAUUUUUAAAACAUCACCUGUUCAGUAUCAAGAUAUAUUUUUAAAAACUCCUCAUGUAUCAGCAACCUGUUUAGUUUUAUUUUUUCUAAUUGACAGUGGCAUAUUAGGGUCACAAUGAUAAAGUGUGUUACAACACCUUUUGAGUUGCAAAUGAUUUUUGAUUCUUUGUCCCAUGAUAUCUGGUACUGUAUGGAAAGAGAAACAGGCUUGAUCAGACUGUGUAUGAAUUGUUAAGAUGAGAACCUGUAUGUUGUCUUCUCUAUGCAUCAACUAGUAUCUUUAAACAAAUUCCAUUUAUGAAUAAUUGAAGAAGUACUGACCACAAGGUGUCCCUACCCAAGCAUAUGUAUCCUAUGAAAUCUUUGGGAACUUGCCCUUUAGAUACUUACCUAAUGUGCUCAUCAUGUGAGUUGUAUGUGCAAGACUGAAAUCUAGCUGAAUGCUAGGAUAGCAGCAUCUCAUUUGCUGCACUUAUAUUACUUCAGCUAUGCUACACAUCUAAAAUUCUACACAUGCACAACGAAGUCCAAUUUGUUAAGGGGAGAGGGACAAGAAUGGAGAUGAGGGGAUUUGAUGAAGAAAUGCACACUCGUCUGUUGAGAGUUACAAGAUGGGGUAGAAAUCUUUGUCCAUUCCGAGUGAGGGCAGGAAGCAUUGUCCUCAUUCUGGUUUGGCCUGUGUGAUGCUCUUAUUUAAUCAAAUCUGAUUGGCUGCAUGAUGAAGUGAUCAGCAAGAUUUCUUCACACUGCCUACAAGUUCUCUGACUGACUGGGAGUAAGUUAGGAAAGAAGCCCUUUGUUUUUAAAGAUUAUGCUAGAUUAGAGACAUCUAGCUGCAGACACCUGCCAAAUAAAAAAACGGUAAGUCAAAAGCAGUGUGGGGUAUAUUUAUGCAGUUCUCCCUUUAAUUCUGAAAAAUUCUUUUGGGUAAAAAUUCAUUGCAGGCUUAGGAAAGAGAUUGUAUAAAAUAUGUUACUACAAUUUUGAUGUUUACAGUGAAUUUCUUCUGUUGAAAGCAAUUUAGGUGACUUCAAUUUAUUGUAGCUUACUUUUUUUUUUAACCAAAUACAGGGUUGUAAAACCAUCUUGCAUAAUUGUUUUCAUAUACGUUAAAACAUUUUCCCCUAUAACAGAAUUUGCCUGAUGUGUUCCAAAGUAAUACAGUUCUUACCUCUGGGAAAGGAAUUUCUCAGUCAGGAAUUACUGGAGGAGUAUGGUCAUGCUUAUGAAUGUAACUUAAGGAGGUAUGAACAGUAAGUGCAUUCAGGAUGAAUAAACAUUUGAACUGGAGGAACUGGCAUUGUGUAUUUUCCCUUCUCUUGAGCUCAGUGCCUUAAAGUGUAGAUAUUUCUACUGAUUUCAGAUAUUCUAUUUUUUUAAUGUGUGCUAUGUAUUGUUAUUUAUGUUUAUUGUUUAAAACUGUGUAAAUGUAAAAUGGAAUAAAACAAUUAUUUAAAGUUCUGGAA